GAAAGAGGACCAUGGAAUGUACUGGGUGCAGUGGUAUGGAACCGUGAUUUGAAGUGUUUGAGGGGUAUGAAAUAUGUCUGUGUUUGGGCUGAGAAAUGAGAUAGAGAGUGUUUGUAUCUGUGUGUUCUUGAAUUGGAAUUGUUUCUUGUAAAGGAUGGGUUUGCUGACUGAUCCAGGUGCUGGGAGUGGCAAGUUCACUCAACUCUUGGUGGCCUCUCAUAAUAAAUUGUGUGUUGUACUGUACAUUGGAGGAAUAAUAUGGUUUAUGAUUUUAGCCCAUGAACACUUCAAUGCAGGUACAUAUUUCUCUGAGAAUGCUUUACUUCCUGGACUUGUGAAGGGUGAAUUUGAUGAAGAUGCAGUAGCUAAGGUGUACCAAUCUGAGCUUUUCGAUGAGGCAGCCAGAUACCCUGAUGGAAUACCAUUCUCUUGGCUGCUUGCUAAAUUUCGGCAGCUUAACCUGGAUACAUACACUCACAACUUCACACUUAACUCUCCAUUGGGACUGGGUAUGAAGUAUACUGGGAAAAAUAUCUAUGCAAUUCUUCGUGCUCCCCGGAGUUCAAGCACCGAGGCAUUGGUUUUGAGUGUCCCAUAUCGGCCACCGAGCAGUGUUCACCCUGGAACUGUUCCAUCUGUAGCAAUCAUGCUUGCCCUUGCAAAGUUCUUCAGACGUCAGAAAUACUGGUCGAAGGAUGUGAUAUUUCUGGUGACUGAACAUGAACAGUUGGGAGUACAAGCUUGGCUUGAGGCUUACCAUAAAACCACUUGUGGGAGAAGUGGUGUGCUGGAGCAUGGUGAUAUGAUGGGUAGGGGUGGAGCAAUACAGGCUGCUAUAAAUCUGGAGCUUCAUGCUGAAAAGAUAGGUUAUAUAGAUGUGAAAAUUGAGGGCUUGAAUGGUCAGUUACCAAACCUAGAUCUAGUGAACUUGGUACACAGGCUGUGCUCCAAGGAAGGUGUCAGACAUACAUUCAAAAAUAGGGAAAAUAGUAAUUACAGAGACAUAUAUAAAGAGUGGCUUCAUUCAUUCAAGAUAUUAAUGGCAAUGGUUACUACACAAGCUACUGGGGUUCCUAACGGGAAUCAUGGACUUUUCCAUAGGUUUGGUAUUGAAGCUGUAACUUUGGAAGGUUUUGAAAAGAAAGGAAGAGGCAGCCCAACUCUUUAUUUCCAGAUAGGGCGUGUGCUUGAAGGAUUAUUUCGGAGUUUAAAUAACCUGUUGGAACGUUUUCAUCAGUCAUAUUUCUUCUACCUCCUGCCUGCUACUGACAGAUUCAUCUCUAUUGGUAUGUAUAUGCCACCUCUUGGGUUACUUUGUUCUGCGCUAAUAAUUAAAGCAUUUGCCCUUUGGCAUAAAAUGCAGGAGGAUCCAAAUAAAGCAGAACCUGCAGAAGAGGAAGAAGCUGAAGAGAUUAAAAGAGCACCUAGUCAUUCUGAAAAGAAGGGUUCAUCAAACCAUUUCAGCUUAGUCCCAGUUGGAAUGACAGUUCUGUUAACACAUGCUCUUGGCAUAGCCUUGUUGUCUUCCCCUCAGAUGCUUGGCUCUCAGGGUCUUGAGUAUGGAUUUUCAACUGACACGUCUAUAUAUGUGGGAUAUCUUGUUAUGACUCUGUCUAUGCUUUUUAUUCCACUGUUUGCUUGCAGAAAUGGGGGAGCAAAAGUGGAAAGUUGGACAAUCCUCAAUAUUGUUGCAUUACUUGAAUUGGCUACACUUCUCCUUUGCACAUCAAUGCAGAACUUCUCUUUGGCGCUUCUCAGUGCUGUUUUAUAUAUUCUUCCUAGUUUAUGGAUGGUACCAACACAAAGCAGGGUCCUGGGUACACUGCAGAAAGUGGUUUGGCUGCUUUUGCAUCCCCUGUGUUUGCUGACUCUUAUUGUGAUGAUUUACACUGCAUUGUCAUUCCCAGAUGAGCCCAUUCUUGAAUUACUGGAAAAAGGUUUGAUUGCUACACGCCAGGCACUGGUUUAUGCAGUGGUUGAUAGCUAUGUUUAUGCAAACUGGGUGUUUCCAGUUGCAACUGCCAUUUUGCUUCCAAAUUGGCUCUUGUUUUGGGUUGUGUUACAUUCUCGUCCACAUCAGGAAGAUCUCAAAACAGAAAAAUGAAGACUGAAGGAGGAAGAUAACUUGUUGAAGGUGAUAUACAGAUUUGCUCUAUGAAGAUUUUUGUCUUUUGGGAUGUAACAGCAUGCAGUCUGGUAAAACAUUUUGAAUGUUGAAUGUGCUGUUUCCAUCAGGGUAGAUUGGUAAUGUUCAAUGAGACUACGAACUCUCGCAUCUAAGAAGACAGUUAUCCUCAAAGACACUGCCAUAAGAAACUCUAAUCUUGCUUCAGUUUCCAAUAUGUUUGAAGUUUAAAUUAAAUUUGCAGAGAAAAGGUGGUGUAGUAAAUUAUACUGAUUGUGUUUUGUAGGUUUGAAGAUUGGAUAAGUGAGCCUCAGUGUUUAUGAAUUGCUGUUAUUUGAAGCACCUGAUUUCUUUUAAUGAGAGAUGAAAAAUGAAGGAUAUCCAUUAUUUUACCUGCAGAAGUACAUAGUUCUGAAUAAGAAAUUAAGUUAAUUGUGAACUGUGAAUUAUUCAAAAGAUACUAACACAGUUUGUACUGGAUUUAAAUAUCUGAUGCAACUCUCACUUUCUGGGCCUUUAAUUGAAAGGUAAAGAAAGUAAAGUUGUCCCUGUGCUUAAUUAGUUGAGCACUAUGCCAUGAAGACAUUGGGGAGUGGAUGUACAGCUCCAUCUUUGUUGGUCCCAGUAUUAAUUGGAGAUAAGUGGUCAGCUUCACACCCCAUCUGCUUUACUCCUGGGAAAAGAGGCUGGGUGGACCCAAAAGUUAGUCUGGAUACUGUGGAGGAGAGAGAAAUCUUGCACUGCCAGGAAUUGAGCCUGGGCUGUCCAUCCCAUAGACCAUCACUUGCUGACUGAGCUAUUCCAACUCCAGAUGCCUUAAUUAAAUUACAUAAAUACUGUGCUGUAGCCGUCUGCUGACGUAGCUGCCAUGACUUUCGCUCGAGCUUGGGUUCUUUUUCUCAGGAUACGGGUGCUUCGGAGAUGGGAGUGGAACACACUUCGGGGUUAAUAAAUCCGGGAUCUCCAGAACACCGAAUAUUGCACUUUUAAUUUAAAAUUUCAUUCAGUGGUUAAUAUUUGCAUUGUCCUUCAAGCUAGCCACUCCGUCCGCCCUACUCGCUACCCUACUGUUAAACACUUCUCUCUUCUGUAUCUACCUUUCAACUACUGUCCUCCUCCACUCCCUAUAACCAACUGCCCUAUCUUUUCAAGUCCCCCAGUUGGCAUCAGAAAAACAAAAAAAUAAAAAGAGAAAGCCAAGGGUUGAGCCCGGCAUCUGACCUACAUUUUAAAGAAGCCCAUAAAUUUUUGUAGGUCUUCAAGGAAUCCAAGACCCCUCCUGGCCGGUCUCGCGCACAGUCAGUUCAUGGGUUUAUGAUACUGGGAGUAAACAGGCGACAUUAGGGACAAUACUGGCACCUUUAGCCUAAGGAGGACAAUAGCUGAAUUACAACUAGAUGGUCCUGGGAUGUUAUCUCGCCGGAGGAGCGUCUCUCAUGGUAUUAAACAAUGCAUAAGUUGUUCAUACCCUUAAUUAAAUAAUUUUGGCGAGGGACGUACAGUUACAGUGCAUCUACAAGAAGUUGUAUCAUUACUCAUCUUUCAUAAGAAUUGCGGGGAAUAUCCAUAA